UUAUAUCACUUAUGAGUUGAGCAUUGGUGAGUGACGAUGCAGCGUUUCGAGAGGAGGCUGAAAUUUUUUGUUUUAGCUUUACUUCUUCUUCCAGCGACUUACUUUGGUGUUGGAUAUUUGAAGUGCAAAAGUCCUUUAGAUUACGACAUAUAUGUCAGUGGCGCAGACGUUAGUGGUGACUAUUUUACUGAAGAGGAGGACAUUAACGAAUUCAAGGUCACGGAUGCAUUAGAAACCUUGGAAGCACGCAGUUCAUCUCGAAAAGCUAUUUUCUUCAUCGAAACGUCGAGAAGAGGGACAAUAAAUCCUCGUCAGAUGUGUGCCAUCGAGUCGGCGGCCAAAAACAACCCUUUCUCGGACGUCUAUCUUCUUCUGCUUGACCCACCAGUCAACUCCAGUUUAAUGAAUAACGAACAAUUGAAGUUUGUUGUCCGCUUCUAUAAGAAUUUGAAAAUAGUGCAGACUACUUCGGAAAGUUACUUCGCUGGAACAGCACUGCAAACAUUGGGGAGAAAUGGCAAAAUUGGCCAGAGCAAUUACCCAGUAGAGCACAUGAGUGAUGUUAUGAGAAUAUUGACAAUUCUGAGAUUUGGAGGCAUUUAUUUCGACCUGGACGUGAUGAUCCUACGCUCUCUAGAGACUUUGGCAGAAAAUUGGGUUUCAUUUGAGACAGAAGACGCAUGCUCAAGUUCUGCAUUUGGUUUCCAAAAGGGACAAAAAUUGGCUCAAAAAAUGGCUGUCGAGCUGAAUAGGAACUUUGAUGGGGAUGAGUGGGGUAACAAUGGACCAGGACUAUUUACUCGCAUGUUGAAGCGCGAAUGUGAGAUCUCAGCUAAAAGUAAAACAAGUGAAAAGUGUCCAGAUAUUACUGUGCUACCGCCGUCAGUUUUUCAUUCAAUCGAAUAUCUCAGUUGGCAACUUUUUUUCGAUAGAACUGCGCUCAGUCAGGUAUAUAGCAAGGUCAAAGACAGUCUAGGCGUGCAUUUGUGGAAUCACUUCAGCCACGAGGGUGUUGUAAUUAUAGGAUCAAACCAACCGUACGGCUACUUUGCCCAAAAACAUUGUCCCAGGGCAUAUUGGAGUUGCAACCAGAUCUUUUAAAAUAAAUAUUCUGUUCAUUAAUACAAUUAAGAAAAAUUCUUUGGACCUCAAUUGCAAGACUUUAGUACAAAAAAGGUAAAAAACCAUAUCUAGCAUAAUUGUUUUUAAUAAUUAUUGUUUUUUGUAUGUAUUUUUUUUAUUGCAAAUUUUGUUUUCCUGUAUCUUUUCCCCUCAAUUAUAUUGAUUUGUAUUUAUGAAUGUCUCUUUUUAGGAAAUUUCCUUUAUGUGAUACAUCAGUAUUAAAAUAA